AAGGGAAGAGCAGAUUCCCUGUUUAUCCCAGACUAGAAGUUGUCUUCGGCUCUGGCAGCUGUGCUCAGCUGGGCUUGGUGGGACAUGCAGGCAGCUGGAUCACCUGCAGCAAGAUCUGCCAGCGUCCUGAUUUCUGGCUCUCAGGGAUGUGUGCUCCCUGUGGGAAACAUGUGCAGAGCUGUCGAGAGCAGAAGCAGUGCAGACAGCCUGAAUUACAUUCCUCCAACUCAGGCUUCUCAGCAGAGCAAUUAUUCCAGGGCAGUACUUCCCCUUGAUUGAUUGUCCUUGCCACUGUGGGGCUGACAUCUUACAGGGGAGUCAUGCUUGGUCCCUUAUCGUGGGAGCAUGAGGAAUGAUCAUUACCCAGCGACACCCGUCGAUAACAGUGAAUAAUAGCCAGGAAGGAAGGCAGACAACAGUAAGAACAUGCUCGAGAGGUGCUGUAAUUCUUGGGACAGGGCGCCUCUGCAAAGGAGGAGGAGAGUUUGCAGGGUGGAUGGGAGGAGGGGGUCCUGUCGCUGUUGAUGCUCUCUAGAGCUCAGCAGCUGGAGAGAAACAUUGGCUAAGGAUGGUCAAAGCUGGGAAGGGAAAAACGCAAGGAGGGAAAAUGAUGAAGUGAAAAGAGCUAGGAGCUACGCUGGAGAGCAUACAAACAGCUUGCUGACCUCUGAUGCAUGAGAGAUGAAGAAAACAGACAGUGUUUGACUAUGUGGACCAUGUGGGUGAUCUUCUUCUGGAUUUCAGCUGUCCCGAUCGAAGCGAUUCCACCUGUCUGUGACCUUCUGAGCGUCCUGAAAAGGGAGGAGGAAAAGUGUGUGGAGACUCUUUCCCUGGAGGCAAGGAACAGAACAACUGAAAAUGAUCUGCUCCUGAGCUCAGGCAGAUGUGCUGGAAUGUGGGAUAACAUGAGCUGCUGGCCUUCAUCCACUGUGGGACAGACUGUCAAUGCUCACUGCCCUGAAUUCUUCCAGAUGCUGACUGGGAAAAAAGGUUUUGUGUACCGAAACUGCACAAGUGAGGGCUGGUCAGACCCGUACCCAAGACCUGAUAUUGCUUGUGGCUACAAUGUCAACGACACAACCAACGAGGCCAGACGUUCCUAUUUCAUGACCCUGAAGAUCAUGUACACCAUCGGCUACUGCACCUCCCUUGUGACACUGAUGAUAGCCUUAGUGGUCCUGGCCUCCUUCAGAAGACUUCGCUGCACAAGGAACUACAUCCACAUGCAUCUCUUCACAUCAUUCAUUUUGCGUGCCUCAUCCAACUUCAUCAAGGAUGCUGUCUUGUUUUCCUCUGAAGACACAAAUUACUGUGGGGCAUACACGGCUGGCUGUAAGCUCACCAUGGUCUUCUUUCAGUAUUGCAUCAUGUCUAACUACAGCUGGCUCCUGGUGGAAGGGCUGUACCUCCACACUCUCCUGGUGAUUUCUUUCUUCUCGGAAAGGAAGUUCCUCUGGUGGUUCAUCGCCCUGGGAUGGGGUGCCCCAACAGUGUUUGUGGCUGCAUGGGCGACUGCUAGGCAACUCCAUGAAAAUAUUGGGUGUUGGGACAUUAACACUGAUGCCAAUACCUGGUGGAUCAUUAGAGGCCCCAUAGUUUUGUCUAUUUUUAUUAAUUUCAUUCUGUUUGUCAACAUUUUAAGAAUCCUGAUGAGGAAGCUCAGCUCCCCCCAAAAAAGGAGCAGUGAUUUCAACCAAUACAAGUAUGUUCUUUACAUCCUUUAUGAGACAUUCAAGGCCACACGAGCAUUUCUUGUUCCUUCUACACCAGCUUCUCCUUCUGUUUUCAUUCUCAGGAGACUUGCAAAGUCAACACUCCUCCUCAUCCCUCUCUUUGGGGUCCACUAUAUCAUCUUUGCUUUUUUCCCUGAGGAUGCCAGCAGUGGCACGAUGGAAAUUCAGCUGUUUUUUGAAUUGGCUCUUGGAUCAUUCCAGGGCUUUGUUGUGGCUGUACUUUAUUGUUUUCUUAAUGGUGAGGUUCAGCUGGAAGUUCAGAGAAAAUGGAGGCAGUGGCAUUUAAGCAAACACUGGCGUCAGCAGCUCAGCACCUCAGCGAGUAACGGAGGAAGUGGCUUCACUCAAGAGAUGCACAUGGUGAGGUCCAGCCCAGCAGAGCACAGGAGAGGAACCCUCCAAAGGUCAAGUGUGCUUUAACCCUGUGCACCUGAAGGUACCUCCAUGCUCAGAUACACAUGGACUGAGCUGGGAGUCUUGUGUCCAUAUCCAGAGUGGGACUUGGCUGUAGAUCAGCAUUUCUUGGAGCACAUCUGUGUAUAUCCUGUGCAGCACCGUGGUUAUUCUGCAAAGCAAAAUGGGCCAAAAAAAUUAUGCUCUUCCUUGAGUUUCUGGCCACAGUAAUUUGUGUUUCUUUCCACACCUGCUGUUAGUUCUACCUUAAAUGUGACCUUCCAUUUUCCAUGUGGCUCUCCAACAUGUUCCAGGCUAAGUCAGGCUGGUGAUUUUUUGAUGUUCACCCUUUCUUCUGCUGCAGAAGCUGGGAGGAUAUUGAAUUUUAUAUGAUGAAGGUUAUGUGCAAUCCUCCAUGGGUUUGAAAUGCAAAAUAAAUUAAUGCCUAGCAUUUCUCUAAGUUCAAAGC